CAUGGAACGGAGGCAUUUGAGUGGAGCCACACAUGCCUGAGCGGUGAGAGGCCCAACUCCCCUUGGCUGGCUGGCAUCCCAGAGGCACAGGCACAGAGGGUUUAGUGAGCAGGAAGACAAGCAAAGUUCAGAAGGCGUAAAGGGGAUCCCGGUGAUUCUUUUUCAAAGGGGGUAUUUUUGUCUGUAGAGGUAGUGUGAGCCAUUUGUUUUUGUAGCUGACAACCAUGGCGGAUACAGGGGUCCAGAAAGAGCACACAGCUCUGUCAGAGGUGCCCUGUGACGAUGACGACGUUGCCCUGGUAAGCGCCGCCGCAGAGCCAGCGAUGGACGGCGGCACCCCUGUCGAGGAUGGCAAGAGCGAAGCUCAGAUGAACGGCGUCAUGGUCCUGGCCCUGCUUGACAAGAUCAUCGGCAUGGUGGACCAGAUCCAGCAGACACAGACGGGGCUGGAAGGGCGGCAGGAGACCAUGGAGAAGUCGGUGUCCACCAUCCAGGGGGAGAUUUCCAAGCUGUCCAAGAACCAUCUGGGCACGUCCACCACAGUCACGAAGAUGCUGGACAAGGUUCGCAAAGUCAGCGUCAACGUCAAGUCGGUGCGCAGCAACCUGGAGAAGCAGGCGGGCCAGAUUAAGAAGCUAGAGAGCAACGAGAGUGAGCUGCUCAAGAGGCGCAACUUCAAAGUCCUCAUCUACCAGGACCAAAUGAAGGCUGCAAAAAUACCUAAGCCGUCAGAGGCGGUCUCUGAGGACGGGACUGUGGAGGGUCUUCAGCAGAUACCCGAGGAGGGCGGCGAGGGCGAGGGCCAACCGGCCAAGCUCAACUCAGAUGACGAGGUGGAGAUCGAGGAGAUCGUGGAGGAGUCCCGAACCAAGCGCCUCCAGCGCUCCACCAAGAGGCAAGUGGACAGCAUCAAGAAGGCCUUCUCCAAGGAAAAGAUGGAGAAGACCAAGCUGAAGACCAAGGAGAACCUGGAGAAGACCAAGCAGAGGACCCGUGAGAAUCUAGAGAAGACCAGGCAGAAAACCCGCGCCAACCUGGAGAAGACCAAGCACAACCUGGAGCAGAAGAUGAACAAACUGGGCACCCGCAUGACCCCCAACGUGGAACGCCGGGUCAAGAUGAAGAGCUCCAAGGAGAAAGUGAAGAAGUCCCUCACGCCCGACCACACCGUCUACGCCCGCUCCAAGACCAGCGUCUACCGCGUGCCCCCCUUCACCUUCUACGUCAAGAAGAUCCGCGACGGCGCGGAGGAGGUGGCGGUGGCGGACCCUGCCGCCACGGCUGAGGAGACGGAGGCGGGCGGCGAGGAGAACGGGCUGGGCGUGCACGUGGAUGCGGUUGAGGAGCAGCUGGUAAGCGUCGACAGCCUGGAGAUGGAGGCCAUGCUGAAGGACCCUCAGCUGGUAACAGUAGAGGCAGACCACCUAGAGAAGACCCAGCGUGACUAGAGAAUCCAUCCCAAUAAACGGCAGAGGAAACACGUAAUCUCCAUGAGGACACAUCAGUAGCCACGAGGACUCGAUGCAAAUAUUCACACCUGUUCCAUUUUUUUUUCUAUGUACCCAAAAGUGUUUCAUAUUCACUUCACUUUUCCACAUUUCAAGGGAAAAUAAGCAACACUAAUAGCCGACACCUUUUUACACAGGACCGGUUUAUGCUUUUCGCUUGUCGUUUUCAUGGAUAGAGUGCCAGCUAGGAUAACAAAAAGGUAUAAAUAUUCUUUGUUGUUGUGAUGUAUAGUAAUCUAUUUGCCAUGUUCGGUGUGCACACGUGUGGCGCGAGGGUAACGGAAAGUCGUCUGGAAGGUUUCAGGGUAGGUCUUAGGGUGCUCCUGUGGUCAAAAGUGAAGGUGAGGGGAAAGCACAGUCGCCAUAACAACAUAAGGAUUCUCACAAGGUAAAGGAAAACCAAAUAUAAUAACAUCUCAUUAUGGAUGGGCAGUUGAUUAAAUCACCUCAAUUGAUUUUGGGCAAAAUUAAAUGAUAUUUUUAAUGCCAUAGUUACUCUCUGUAUGUUCAGAACUUCCCUUUCCAUGUCACUGUUGUACGGAAUGGAAUGCACAGUGGAUAUAAAAAGUCUACACACCCCUAUUCAAAUAUGAUAUUUCAUGAUAUAAAAACGAGAACAAAAAGUUAACUCGUUCAAAAAAAAAUUCCCUCCGUGAUUGGCACCUACAACUGACAAUAACUGAAAAUAUGAAAUUCUUUUCAUAGAGGAAAAAAAAAAAAAAAACCAACAACAACAAC